AUGGUGUUCCUUGGCCGUAUUAUAUCCUCAAAAGGAUUGGAGUGGAUUUACAAAAAAAUUGAGGUGAUUGAGAAUUGGGAACAUCCUAGAACUAUUUUUGAAGUUCAGAGUUUUUUAGGCUUGGCAGACUACUAUAGCCAUCUAAUUGAUGGAUUUUCCACGCUAGCCCUCCCUUUGACAAGACUUUCAAAGAAGGCAACAAAGUCUGAGUGGUCGCAUGAUUGCGAGAAAAAUUUCCACGAGUUGAAAUGUAGGCUUAUUACUGCACCCAUCCUCGUAUUACCUGCACCCGGAAAAGACUAUGAAGUCGUUUGUGAUGCGUCCCACCAAGGCUUACGAUGUGUUUCGAUGCAAUAA